AUGUCUGUCGACGCCGCUCUACCUCCGUCCCAGCGGGGCCAAAAGAUAGCUGGAGCCCGGUCAGAUCUGAUGGCUGACCUCAGCCAACGACUCGAGAGCAACCCGUAUGAUGCGACAAGUAACCCGAAGGGCAUCAUUGAUCUUGGGUCCGCAGUCAAUGAGAUUAUGUUGGAAGACUUGGCUUGCUGGACAAAGCGUAAUGUCAAGAAGAGCCAGCUCAAGGAGUCUAAGUUGCUGAUGCUAUUUCCAGCCCUUGGCUACGGCGACGCCCAAAUCUCCCAAGACCUCCCAAAAGCAGCAGCAGCCUUCAUGAACGAACACUUCAGAGUCCGCCUCCCCCUAACAGCCGACAACAUCCUCGCCGCAAACGGCGUCACGACCCUUCUCGACGCCCUGACCUACAACAUCACCGACGCUGGCGACGCCGUGCUCCUCGCGACGCCUUCCUACGGUAUGUUCGCCAACGACGUCUGGACGCGCAACGGCGUCCGCGUCGUCGAGGUGCCCUGCGACGACAUCCCCGAAGAGCGCUUCUGGGGCGAGCCGCCGCGCGAGAACGGGCCCGUGCCGAUCCCCGAGCUGGUCGUCCGGCUCGAGAAUGCGAUCCAGGUCGAGCUGAGCCAGAAGCGUAAAGUUGGGGGUGUGUUGUUGGCGAACCCUGAUAACCCGAUGGGGAGGUGUUAUGCUGCGCAUGUGCUAUUACAGAUUUCGCAGCUGUGCGCGAGGCAUAAGAUCCAUUUGAUUGUGGAUGAGGUGUACGCCAUGAGUGCGGGGGACCGUUUCUCGAGUAUACUGAGUCUGGGGCUGGAUGUCAACUUUAGGAAUGUUCAUGUGUUGUGGGGGUUGAGUAAGGAUUUCGGCCUCGGUGGGCUCAGGAUUGGCUUCCUGGCGACGUACAACAAGGAGAUAUACGAUACCAUGCGGGCGUCGAGCACAUUCGGGUGGGUCUCUGCACUCAGCGCAUCAACAGCCGCGAAACUCCUGUCGGACGCAAAGUACCUCCACAACCAAUACCUCCCCCAGUUCCGGCGCCGCCUGAUCAAAAGGCGCACGUUUGUCGAGGAGGAGCUGGAAAAGUACGACAUCCCGCACGUCAAAGCCGAGGCGGGCUUCUUUGUGUUUGUCAACUUGUCCGAGUGGGUGGAUCUCCUGCUCGAGAAGCACGGCAAGCAAGGGGACUUGAAGUUUUUGGAGUACUUGAUGAAGUACCGCGUCUAUCUUGAACCCGGACAGGCAUUCUUCUCCAACCGAUCGGGAUGGUUCCGACUCAAUUUUGGCGGGGAAAAGGAAACGUUUAAGCUUGGUCUGCAGAGGCUGUUCCAGUGUCUGAGGUUGCUUGAUGGCAAGGACCACUUUGACCCCACGAUCGGCCUUCCUGGGAUCUAUCACCCACCGCCGAAAGGCAGUCACAUUGUCGCGGUAUGA